AUCAGAACAUCAGAACAUCAGAAAGGGAGAUAACACAUUGCCGUUCACCUCUAAACUUCGCUGAGGAAAAGAGUAAAUAAGAAACAACCCAGCCAUAGAAGACCCUUCAUUUCAGAAACGCUCCAGGAAUCAUGCUGGAAGAAUUCUGCAACUCUACUUUUUGGAAUUCCUCAUUCCUGGAUAGCCCUGAGGCUGAUCUGCCACUUUGUUUUGAGCAAACUGUUCUGGUGUGGAUUCCCCUGGGCUUCCUUUGGCUCCUGGCACCUUGGCAGCUUCUCUGUGCCUAUAAAUCGAGGACCAACAAAUCUUCUGUAACCAAACACUACCUUGCUAAGCAGGUGCUCGUUGGAUUUCUUCUUAUUCUGGCAGCCAUAGAGCUGGGCCUUGUACUCACAGAAGACUCUGGACAAGGCACAACCCCUCCCAUUAGAUACACCAAUCCAAGCCUCUACCUGGGCACAUGGCUCCUGGUUUUGCUGAUCCAAUACAGCAGGCAAUGGUGUGUGCAGAAGAACUCUUGGUACCUGUCCCUAUUCUGGAUUCUUUCAAUAGUCUGUGGCACUUUCCAGUUUCAGACUCUGAUCCGGACACUGUUACAGGGCAACAAUUCUAAUUUGGCCUACUCCUGUCUGUUCUUCAUCUCUUAUGCAUUCCAGAUCCUGAUCCUUAUCCUUUCAGCAUUUUCAGAAAAAAAUGCCUCAUCAAACAAUCCAUCAACCAUGGCUUCAUUUCUGAGUAGCAUUACAUUUAGUUGGUAUGACAGCUUUGUUCUGAAAGGCUACAAGAAACCUCUGACUCUCGAAGAUAUCUGGGAUGUGGAUGAAGAGCUUAAAACCAAGACACUAGUCAGCAAGUUUGAAUCGUAUAUGGCAGGAGAGCUGCAGAAGGCCAGGCGGGCAUUCCAGAGACGGCAACAGAAGAACUCCCGGCAGAACUUUGAAGCCAGGCUGCGUGGUUUGAACAAGAACCAGAGUCAAAGCCAAGAUGUCCUUGUCCUGGAAGAAGCUAAAAAGAAAAAAAAGGAGUCUGGGACCACAAAAGAUUUUCCAAAGUCCUGGUUAGUCAAGACCCUUUUCAAAACUUUCUUCGGUGUUCUUCUAAAAUCAUUCCUGUUGAAGCUAGUGUAUGACCUCCUGUCAUUUGUGAAUCCUCAGCUGCUGAAGUUACUCAUCUCCUUUGCAAGUGACCCUGAGGCAUAUGCAUGGCCUGGAUAUCUCUAUUCAGUUUUCUUCUUUGUUGUGGCUGUCAUCCAAUCUGCCUGCCUUCAGUGGUAUUUUCAGUUGUGCUUUAUGCUAGGCGUGAGCGUACGGACAAUUAUCAUGGCUUCUGUAUACAGGAAGGCAAUGACCCUAUCCAACUCAGCCAGGAAGCAGUACACCAUUGGAGAAACAGUGAACUUGAUGUCUGUGGAUGCCCAGAAGCUCAUGGAUGUGACCAACUACAUCCACUUGCUGUGGUCAACUGUUCUACAGAUUGUCUUAUCCAUCUACUUCCUAUGGUUAGAGUUGGGACCCUCAGUCUUUGCAGGAGUUGGAGUGAUGGUGCUCCUAAUCCCAGUUAAUGGGAUACUAGCUACCAAGAAUAGAGGUAUCCAGGUAAAAAAUAUGAAGAAUAAAGACAAACGUUUAAAGAUCAUGAACGAGAUUCUCAGUGGGAUCAAGAUCCUAAAAUAUUUUGCCUGGGAACCUUCAUUCAGAGGACAAGUCCACGACCUUCGGAAGAAGGAGCUUAAGAACCUCCUGAACUUUGCUCGGCUGCAGUCUGUGAUCAUAUUCCUUUUAUACUUAACUCCGGUCCUGGUGUCUGUGGUCACAUUUUCAGUUUAUGUCCUGGUGGAUGAGAACAAUAUUCUGAAUGCAGAAAAGGCUUUCACUUCCAUCACCCUCUUCAAUAUACUGCGCUUUCCCCUUGGCAUGUUUCCCAUGGUAAUCUCCUCUACGCUCCAGGCCAGUGUUUCCACAGAACGGCUGGAGAAGUACUUGGGAGGGGAUGACUUGGACACCUCUGCCAUUCGACGUGACUCCAAUUUUGACAAAGCUGUCCAGUUUUCUCAGGCCUCCUUUACCUGGAACAAAGAUUUGGAAGCCACAAUCCAAGAUGUGUCCUUGGAUAUAAUGCCAGGUCAAUUGGUGGCUGUGGUGGGCACUGUGGGCUCUGGGAAAUCCUCCUUGAUGUCAGCCAUGUUGGGAGAAAUGGAAAAUGUCCACGGGCACAUCACCAUCAAGGGCACUAUUGCAUAUGUCCCACAGCAGUCCUGGAUCCAGAAUGGCACCAUCAAGGACAACAUCCUUUUUGGAUCAGAGUUGGAUGAAAAGAGGUACCAGGAAGUUCUGGAGGCCUGUGCCCUCCUCCCAGACUUGGAAAUACUGCCCGGCAGAGACCUGGCUGAGAUUGGAGAGAAGGGUAUAAAUCUCAGUGGGGGUCAGAAGCAGCGGAUCAGCCUGGCCAGAGCUACCUAUCAAAAUUCAGACAUCUAUAUUCUGGAUGAUCCCCUGUCAGCCGUGGAUGCUCAUGUAGGAAAACAUAUUUUCAAAAAGGUCUUGGGCCCCAGUGGCCUAUUGAAAGGCAAGACUCGACUCUUAGUUACACAUAGCAUUCACUUUCUUCCCCAAGUUGAUGAGAUUGUGGUUCUGGGGAAUGGCACCGUCUUGGAGAAGGGAUCCUACAGUGCUCUGCUGGCAAAGAGAGGAGUGUUUGCUAAGAAUCUAAAGACAUACAUAAAACAGACUGAUCCUGAAGGGGAAACCACAGUCAAUGAGAGCAGUGAUGAAGAAGAUGACUAUGGGCUGAUACCCAGUGUGGAGGAAAUCCCUGAUGAAGUGGCCUCCUUGAGCAUGAAAAGAGAAAAUAGUCUUCAUCGAAUACUCAGUCGCAGUUCUAGGUCCAAAGGCAGGCAUCUGACAUCCCUGAAAAACUCCUUGAAAGCUCGAAAUGUGGGGCCAAAGCUGCAAGAGGAGGAAGGACUAGUGAAAGGACAAAAACUAAUUAAGAAGGAAUUCAUGGAAACUGGAAAGGUGAAGUUCACUGUCUAUCUGAAGUACCUACAAGCAAUAGGAUGGUGUUCGAUAUUCUUCAUCAUCUUUGCCUACAUGAUGAAUUUUGCAUUUUUUAUUGGAUCAAACCUCUGGCUCAGUGCUUGGACCAGUGACUCUAAGACCUUCAAUGGCACCAACUAUCCAGCUUCUCAGAGGGACAUGAGAAUUGGGGUCUAUGGAGCUCUGGGAUUAGCACAAGGUUUAUCUGUGCUCAUAGGAAAUUUAUGGUCUGCCCAUGGUACCCUCCAUGCAGCAAGUAUCCUACACAGAAAACUGCUGAACAAUAUCCUUCGAGCACCCAUGAGGUUUUUUGACACGACACCCAUAGGACGGAUUGUGAACAGGUUUGCUGGUGACAUUUCCACGGUAGAUGAAACCCUCCCUACAUCCUUGCGCAGCUGGGUUCUGUGCUUUCUGGGGAUAAUCAGCACCCUUAUCAUGAUCUGCAUGGCCACCCCAAUCUUCACUGUCAUCAUCAUUCCUCUGUCCAUCAUUUAUGUGUCUAUUCAGAUAUUUUAUGUGGCUACUUCCCGCCAGCUGAGACGUCUGGACUCUGUCACCAGGUCCCCAAUCUACUCUCACUUCAGUGAGACUGUGUCAGGUUUGCCUGUUAUUCGUGCCUUUGAGCACCAGCAGCGGUUUCUAAAACACAAUGAGGUGGGGAUUGACACCAACCAGAAAUGUGUCUUUUCCUCAAUUGUCUCCAACAGGUGGCUUGCAGUUCGCCUGGAGCUGAUUGGGAACUUGAUCGUCUUCUUCUCAUCCUUGAUGAUGAUUAUUUAUAGAGAUACUCUAAGUGGUGACACCGUGGGCUUUGUUCUGUCCAAUGCACUAAAUAUCACACAAACUCUUAAUUGGUUAGUGAGGAUGACGUCAGAAACAGAGACCAACAUCGUGGCUGUUGAGCGAAUAACUGAAUAUAUAAACGUGGAGAAUGAGGCACCCUGGGUGACUGAUAAUAGGCCUCCACCAGGAUGGCCCAGCAAAGGGGAGAUCCAAUUUAGCAACUACCAAGUGCGGUACCGGCCUGAGCUGGAUCUAGUGCUGAAGGGGAUCACUUGUGACAUCAGGAGCACAGAGAAGAUUGGUGUGGUGGGCAGGACAGGAGCUGGGAAGUCAUCCCUUACCAACUGCCUCUUCAGGAUCCUAGAGGCUGCAGGAGGCCAGAUCACCAUUGAUGGAAUAGAUAUUGCUUCCAUUGGGCUCCAUGACCUUCGAGAGAGACUGACCAUCAUCCCCCAGGACCCCAUCCUGUUCUCUGGAAGCCUCAGGAUGAAUCUAGACCCUUUCAACAAGUACUCAGAUGAAGAGAUUUGGAAGGCCCUGGAGCUGGCUCACCUAGAAUCCUUCGUGGCAGGCCUGCAACUUGGGUUGUCCCAUGAAGUGGCAGAGGGUGGCGACAACCUCAGCAUCGGACAGAGGCAGCUAUUGUGCCUGAGCAGGGCUCUGCUUCGGAAAUCCAAGAUUCUUAUCAUGGAUGAGGCCACUGCUGCGGUGGAUCUAGAGACAGAUCAUCUCAUUCAGAUGACCAUCCAAAAUGAGUUCUCCCACUGCACAGUCAUCACCAUUGCCCACAGGCUGCACACCAUCAUGGACAGUGACAAGGUAAUAGUCAUGGACAGUGGGAAGAUUGUAGAGUAUGGCAGCCCUGAAGAACUGCUGGAAAACUCUGGCCCUUUCUAUUUUAUGGCUAAGGAAGCUGGCAUUGAAAAAGUGAAUAGCACAGCACUCGAGCAUCAAGACCCAGGGGUUACAGAAAGACUAUAAGGACCAUUCCUCAUUUUAUUUUUAUUUUUUUGUGAAAUAUAUCAUACAUACAAAAGUGUAUACAAAAUGUAUAUUUUAAAGAACAUUUUAAUGAACCUCCAUGCACCCACUACCCAGGUUAAUAAAAUGAGUAUUACCAAGUA